AUGCACGAAAAAAACGGUGAUAAGGAGGAAUUGGGCACGCCGUCACCGAAGAAAGCGAAACUGCAGAAUGUGGAGGAAGAAGUAAGAAUGAGCGAAGUGAAUCGAGGAAUGGAGCAAGGCGAGCAGCAACUGCUGAAACUGGGAAAACGCAGAAUCAUCGAAACACCAGUGUUGCAACGACCAAAACGCCAUAUCAGAGCGCCAAACAGAUUUAUAUUUGAUGAUGAAGAAAGAGAGGAACAGGAAAAACGCAAAAGUGCAGUGACCUGUGCAGCAAGGGAUCUUAAAUCGACGAAACAACGUCUUUAUGAUCCCAAGAAGAUGGGUGUUGAAGAAGCAGAUACGCCGAGAUCACCAAUGGAUGAAUCGAGUGCCGAAGAGGAUAUGAGUUCUAGUCAGAACAGUAGUGCUGAGGAGACCGGAGGUGAUGAUUUUGUCGCUGAUAAUGUUGUUUGCGAUGAUAGUGACGUUGGCAGACGCGGCUCCACCAACACCGAAAGGUAG